CCGCAAAGCAGUUGCGGACGAAGACGAAGAAGAUUUGCGGAAUCAGUGGAAUCGCGACCCGGGCUUUGCUAACACACAUCAGGAGUAUCCAUAAAAUCCAGAAAAAUCCCAAGAUGGCCUUCAACAAACUGAGCAUCGAGAACCUAGACUUGAAUGGCAAGCGGGUGCUGAUGCGAGUGGACUUCAAUGUGCCCAUCAAGGAGGGCAAGAUCACCAGCAACCAGAGGAUUGUGGCUGCACUGGAUAGUGUGAAGUUGGCCCUGUCCAAGAAGGCCAAGUCUGUGGUGCUCAUGUCCCAUUUGGGUCGUCCCGAUGGCAACAAGAACAUCAAGUACACUUUGGCCCCCGUUGCCGCUGAACUGAAGACCCUGCUCGGCCAGGAGGUGACCUUCCUGAGCGACUGCGUCGGCAGCGAGGUGGAGGCCGCCUGCAAGGAUCCCGCUCCAGGAUCCGUCAUCCUGCUGGAGAACGUCCGCUUCUACGUGGAGGAGGAGGGCAAGGGUCUGGAUGCCAGCGGCGGCAAGGUGAAGGCCGAUCCCGCCAAGGUCAAGGAGUUCCGCGCCAGCCUGGCCAAACUGGGUGAUGUCUAUGUGAACGAUGCCUUUGGCACUGCCCAUCGCGCCCACAGUUCCAUGAUGGGCGAUGGCUUCGAACAGCGUGCCGCUGGUCUGCUGCUCAACAAGGAGCUGAAGUACUUCUCGCAGGCUCUGGACAAGCCACCAAAUCCCUUCCUGGCCAUUCUUGGUGGCGCCAAGGUCGCCGACAAGAUCCAACUCAUCGAGAACCUUCUGGACAAGGUCAACGAGAUGAUCAUCGGCGGCGGCAUGGCCUUCACCUUCCUGAAGGUCCUCAACAACAUGAAGAUCGGUGGCUCCCUGUUCGACGAGGAGGGCUCCAAGAUCGUGCUGAAUCUGGUGGAGAAGGCCAAGAAGAACAACGUGCAGCUGCAUUUGCCAGUGGACUUUGUCUGCGGCGACAAGUUCGCCGAGAACGCCACCGUGAGCGAGGCCACCGUGGAGGGUGGAAUUCCCGAUGGACACAUGGGUCUGGAUGUGGGUCCCAAGACCCGUGAGCUCUUCGCGGCGCCCAUUGCCCGCUCCAAGCUGAUCGUGUGGAACGGACCACCCGGCGUGUUCGAGUUCCCCAACUUCGCCAACGGCACCAAGUCCAUCAUGGACGGCGUGGUGGCCGCCACUAAGAACGGAACCGUCUCCAUCAUCGGCGGCGGCGACACUGCCUCUUGCUGCGCCAAGUGGAACACCGAGGCACUCGUCUCGCACGUUUCCACUGGCGGCGGCGCUUCGCUGGAGCUCCUGGAGGGCAAGACACUGCCGGGCGUGGCUGCUCUAAGCAACGCCUAAGUCCCCAAAGACGGUAUAUUUAUGUUAAUCGCAUCGUUUAUCUUGUAAGCACAAACCAACACGUUUAAAAGUUGAAUCUAAUUGUUGCGGAACCAUAUAAUGCAUAUGAAAUAAAGGAAACCUAGCUUA